AUGUCGAAGACGGUCGGCCUGCCAGUCCCCACCUCUAGUCUCGGUCCCCUUUCGGAAAGCCCAGCAACCGCUGCCGUGUCUCUCCCAUUCGAUCAGCUGCCCUCGCGCCCCUCAAGUCGUCACACCGCCCGCAUGACAGUGGAAUGCGACGAGGCAGGAGCAUCCACAGCUGACGUUUACACGUCUGCUCUCUCAAAGGGCAGCUGUAUCUCCGAUAGUUCCUUCUCUGCCGAAAACAUGAAUGGCGACCGAGUACUCAGCCGCAUCGAAGGCUGGGUUUACCUCCUAGAUGAGGGUCCCAACACAUGUCCCAUUAAAGACUCCUACAGCACGCGAGCAUGGCGCCGUCGCUACGUCGUCGUCGAGCCCCAUCAAGGCCGCAUUGGCAUUGCCCCAACUCGCGAGGCCAUGCUUUAUGACACUCGUGCCUCGUCUCUGUUUUCUGACGUCAACCAGCCCGUGUUGUUUUUGGGAAAGGCCUCACAAUCAGAGGGCGAUGAGCUCUCGUUUGCUCAGCAAGCGGAGGUCGAAGAGUCACGAAAGCGAAUCUUCCGGCCACGAAGCGCGCAAUCUAAGAAGGCUGCUUGUGACGAAGGUCUCACGAUGAUCGACAUUCGAAACUGUGACUUUUAUGCGGUUCAUCGAAGCAUCUUUCGUUACGAUCCGCAGUUGCAACACGUUUUUGCCAUUGAGUUUGCCAACACACGUUAUUUGUGUCGUGUCAAUGAUUAUUGGUCACAAAUCAAGUGGGUGGCCGGCUGUAAGCGGUUUCAAGCCGCACCGCAACACGGCGGAAUCGUAAUGUUCCGCGAGCUUUUGAUCGAGCUCAAGGAUUUGACUUGGACAAGACCGUUGACAAGAUCGUCGAACAAGCCCGUUGAGCUCUCCGUUGUCGUGCACAUUCGUGGCUUCCCUCAUGCAAUGACGCCACCCCGGCAAUCCACGACUUCAAGUCUCUCACUGGACGACGGACUUGUGUUGGACUGGAUGCGCAUCAGUCGCCGUCAUCUCCAAUCCGCCAUUACGGCCCGCGUCGUCCGCUGCAACAAAAAGGACAAGGAGACCAUUGCGGAAGCCACGCUGCCCUUUGGUCUAGCCUCCAACUAUGCUCGAGCCUCGAAGAAAGUGCAAAUGAAAGGGAAUAAGCCUAUUAUUCUCUCUGCCUCAGAAUUCAACCCCCCGCCCCAUAUCGACCUGCACUUUGCUCAUUUCUAUGCGUUACAUUUGCACGAAUCGUCCAGCUUGGAGCCCAAGAUUGUGAUCAUGUACCCUCUGCAAUUGGCCGAGCCCGUACUGCACUGGUUUGACCAACACGGUGACACGUAUUACGAGUCGAUCGUCGACAUCUUGUCCAAAAGUUUUGGGCAGAUCCGCAACAUCCGUCACCGGCACGAGCCCCUGCUGCGCUUUCUGCGUGGGUUUCUUGCCGUUUUUGUCAACCGCGGUGACCUCGUUGAACGUUGGCUCGUCAAGCUCCUACGACAGUUUUUUGAACGCGAAACCCAGACAAAGGAUGGCAUUGACUCCGCCGGACGGCGCAAUGAGCCUGUCACCAUGUUGCUUCACGCCUACGUAUUUUAUUUUGCCCAAAACUGGCUUCUUGCCACACUUGGCGAUUCCAUUCUAAGUGUUCAGCACACCGCUGAAGAACUGGGCAUGUGCAAUGUGGCUGGAUUUUCCUGUCGAGAGCAACACGUGGAGCGCCUCAAGCAGCAUUUUAGUGACAUUUGGGGCCGUAUUGUUGCUGCUGCGGAUCAAUUUCCACAUCGCGUGCGAACAUUCUGUGUGCUACUGACCACGGCCCUUCGCCAGGACUUUCCAGUCCAGAUUGAUCGCCAGAUUACCUCUGUUCUCAUUUUCCAAUUUCUGUGCACAGCCAUCUCUGCACCCCACACGUCGGGCUUGACUCAGACCAUGCCGGACUCGGCGCAGAGCACUUGGCUCAAGCAUCUGGCCGGGGCCAUCAAGUCUAUGUUUUACGGCAUGAUGCAUGUUGGCAAUCCCUUUGAGCAGUUUGUCAAAGAGCAGUAUGAUGAGCAUCACGGCAAUGCCAGUCGCAUCCUGACGAUGUGGCGCACGCCAUCGCUGGAGGUGAUGGAAGGGGUGUCUACAUCCACCGCCACCUGUGAUCGAACGUUGAUGCGUCGCUCCUUGGCCGUCUUCAUACGGUUCGGAGGAUGGCUGCGAGGCACUAGACGCUUCUACCUCUGGCUCAGAGUUGGGCUGUAA